CGUUCACUCAGAUAGUUCCCAACUUCGUGGAAGGACAGUUCUGAGCCUGGAUUCCAGCAGGGUAACUGAGCAGUUCUUGUGCACGUUGAACCAUGGAUCUGAAGAGCAUUACUGUCUUUUUUGCUCUAAUGUUAUGGCAAAGUGCUGACUCAGAGAUGCUAACCUCAGUUGAUCCACCCACAAACCUGCAGGUCAUCGAUCCUGGCUACUUGGGACCACUUCGCAUGUGUUGGCAAGCUCCCACCAGUUUAGCCAACAAGAAAUUAUGUGUGCGGUACAUGUUGUCCUAUUGCAAUAUCAAUUCGACAAACUGUAAGCGUGUGAUCACCAAACAACUGGAGUACACUGACGGAUUUAACUUUAACGAGGAAAUAAUAGUGAAAGUCCGGACCUUGGUUAAAGACCAAUGUAAGAGUGCGAUGGAGUUACAAAGUGACUGGGUAGAAAUAAUAUACAGGCCACCCCUGGAAGGACAUGCAGACUCCAAAGUUAAGGAUUUGCAAUGCAUAGUUUACAACUUCGAAUAUAUGGAAUGCCUGUGGAAGGAUGGUAUGGCUGUUCCACAGACUAUCAAUUACACCCUCUAUUAUUGGCAUGAAGAUCUGGAGCAAACAAUGCAAUGCAAUAAUUACAUUAAACAUCAGGGGCGUACUGUUGGUUGCCAUUUUCAAAGUGAUGAUCUGAUUGAAUUCACUGAUUUCAACAUAUGCAUAAAUGGCUCCUUGGAAAUGGAACCAGUGAGACCAGCAUACUUCACAUUACAGCUUCAGGAUUUAGUUAAGGCAGCAGCCCCUGCUGAGGUAAAGUUGACAUUAUCAAGCGCAGAUACCAUUUCUAUCCAAUGGGAACCCCCAGCAGGAAAAAUCAAGCCUCACUGCCUGAAAUAUGAGUUGCAGUUCCGUGGCAAAAGCUCUGACUGGGAGGCUAAAGUCAUUUCUGAGGGAGUUACCUCUACUACUUUGAAUGUGACAACGAACACAAUAUACUGUGUCCAUGUGAGAGCAGCUGUUAAUAUGUUCUGCGCUGAUGGUAGCUUUUGGAGUGAUUGGAGCUCUGUUCAUUGCUUAACAGUACGUUCAGAAGGUGGAGACAAUGUGACCAUCCAACUUAAUGUAGCAAAACUGGUUGCCCUCAUAACUUUAAUGUCAAUCACAUUGAUACUAACUCUGAGUACUAUUUACUGCUGGAUCAGAUGGAAGAGAUUGAUUGCAAAGAAGAAACUUAACAGGUUGCUCAAUGACAACAUCAAGGACAUCAAAAAAUGCAUCCAUACAGACUAUUAAAAUAUUGCUCAAACUGACUGAGUACUGCUGAAUAAUGGUAGCUCCCAACUGCUGCAUAGGAAAUGUAUAACUUUUUCAACUUGCAUCUUAAGUUAUUCAAGAACCUAUAAAAAUUCUAUAAUUCCUUAAAUGUUUGUAGGCACAUUAUAGCAAGCACUGACAAACUAUUCCAUUAAGCUAACCCUGCAGGUAAUUAUAACACACAUUAGUGUAACUCCCAUGGUAUUGUUUAUAAAUGAUGCAAAGUGUGGACUUCAGUUAUGACGACAUAACCAUGCAAAGAUAAAGGGAACAUGGUCCAACAGUCCUGCCUGACAUGUUGCCUCCAUUAUGGCAAUAUCAACUUCAAAGAUUUGAUCUGUUUAUCCUAUAAUGCCUCCUUAAGGUCCACUAUUGUGAAGGUUGUCUAAAUGGGUCACCUUUUAUUUUCUAAAUUUGUUCACAGGUGUGGGAGUUGUUGACAAGGCUAGCAUUCAUUGCCUAUUCCUUAAGGUGAUGGUGAGCUGCCUGUCUGAACUGCUGCAGUCCAUGGGACAUUGCAAGAUUUUGACCCAAUGACCGUGAAGGAACAGUAAGAAAAUUUCCAAGUCAGAAUGAAGCAGCUAGGAGGGCUACUGGCAGGUGAAGAUGUUCCCACGUGCCAACUACCCUUGAUUUUCUAGGAGAUGGAGGUUGCUAGUUUGGAAAGUAUUCCUGAAGAAGUCUUGAUGAUUUGGUGCAAACAUUGCUCUAGUGGUGGAGAAAGUGAAUACUUCAAGUGGUAGAUAAGUUGCCUUUUUAAAACUAAUUUAGAGGAAAUGGGCUUUGCUGACUGUAUCAGCAUUUAUUGCUCACCUCUAGCUAUAUUUGUGAGGGUGAUGUGCCUUCUUGAAUCAUUGCCAACCAUGUGGCAUAGGUACACCUCUAAUGCUGUUGGAGAGCGAGUUCCAGGAUUUCUGAACCAGAGACAGUGAAGAAAUAGUAUAUUAUUUCCAUUUUCAAGGGGGUGAGUGGCUUGGAGUUGAACUUGCAGAUGCUGGUGUUCCCAUGUAAAUGCUGCCCUUGUUCUCCUUGGCAGUGAUUGUGGAUUUGGAAGGUGCUGUCUAGGAAGUGUCAUUGCGCUGCUGUGUUCUGAAUGGUAUCAAGCUUCUUAACUAUUGUCAGAUCUCAACUCAUUGGGGCAAAUGGAGAGUAUUCUGUCACGCACUGCUAACUUAUCUAGUUAUGUAAUUGAAUACUUUUGGAAGCUGAGUGCCAGAUGUUAUCAUGAAACCAAAUGACAAGAUUUAUUUUUGUGAUGCUGUUUUUUAAAAGAAUAUGUAGAUAGGACUUUUUUUUAAUGUUUUAUACAAAAUAAGCUUUUUGAACAUUGCUUUAUAUCAAGAAGGUUUUUAAAUAUGAUUCUUCCUCAUUGGCCAGGAGUCAGAUACUCUUUUUUUUAAACCAUAUAAUGCAAAAUGGGCCUUUGUUUCAUCGUUGAAAAACAAUGUCCCUUUGUGUACAUAAUGUCUGAAGACAACUAAAUUCACCAUUCAGAUGGUAAUUUAUAGCCCUGUGUUUUUAAUUCAUGACAAGCUUAUUAAGGUCAAAGAAAAGCCUUUGGUUCAUUUAAGCUGUUACUUGAAAACACAAAUGCAUUGAAUGUGAAAUGUGACAAAAUGGAAAUGAGUCUUUGUGCUUUAUUGUGGAGUUAUUUGUGGUUUUUUAAAAAGGCCAUCUGUAAUUUUAAAUGGCCAUUUAUCAAAUACAUACAUGAUCCAAAAACACCAGAUACUGUUUGUGUGACUGCAUUAUUGUCCUUUAUUAAUAAACUUCUUUAGGAAGCAAAAUAACUAAAAAGCAAAUGAAGUAGGUGAACAAGAUAAUUAUUGGUUCCUGAUUAUGGUUUGUAGUCAUUUGACAUUCUAUCCUCCUCCCCUGCUUCAUGACACAGUGUGUCAAAAGUUUAAUUACUGAAAGUUUGUUGGAGCAAUAUUAGCAGCAAAACUUCCAGGAGAUUUCCUAUUCCAUCUCCUUGAGAAGUUAACAGGCACAAAACUGUUCUGAAUGUCUUUCUAUCAGAGGCAAUGAUGCUCACGUCUCUGAGAACUGUCUAAGUUGCUUCACCUGAAACCAAAUUCAAUUGUUAUAGUAUUAAAUGAUAAAAUGCAAAGCCAAGUCCCAAAACAAAAUGUAAUGAAGUGAAUGAUGCUUUUAAAGUGGAAGAAUGUUGAAAAGGAUAGCAGAAGAAUUCUGCAUUCCUCCUCCACGUAUCUUGGAAGCUACCAACAGUUAGAGCAGACUAUAGUCUGCCAUCAUAUUCAAACUAUUUAAAAUACUUUGUAAAACCGUUUUUCCAGUGAAAACGUGAAGCUUUACUAAUGUAAAUCUGACAGUGUAAAGUUGUACUUUUUGAUAUCUUAUGUAUUUGCAAUUAAAACGUAAAGGAAACUUUCAAAUAAAAUUUAUUUCUUCAA